AUGCUGUUGUGUAUUUACUUGGUUCUUUUUUACUUUCGUAAUGCGGAAUCCCAGUGCACCUCAAUGGAAAGACAACAUACAGGUAACACGCUUGCUGUACUUGCCGUGGAUCUCAGUAUGGACUCUUUUUGUGUCUUUUUUGUUCUUUCUGUCUUUAAGAAAAUGUAUCUUAUUUAGUCUCGUUGAAGGAAAUUAAGAAAAAGUUUGGGAUUCGAAGUCCCUGACGCCCGCCCAAUUUUUUGGCAAUAUACAAGUUAGAGAAGUUUUUGACCUUUUAUGACCUUUCUACCUUCAAGUAGUUAUAUCUCGUGAAGAAAGGAGUUAGAACAUAGGCAGGAUCCUGUGGGACUGCCUUCUGUAGCUGCCUUUAAUGGCUUUAUUGAUGAGAGCUUCCCGACACAUCGACCAAUGAUUGAAAAGUUAGUGUAUAAUUUUAUCACCACUCUUUAGUCUUUAAUGGCCUGAUUCGUAAAAAUCAAUUAAUAUACUUUUUAAUACUGAUGCUCACAAAGGCCCUCACCCUGGUUCGCAAACAAUGUAUAUCUAAACCUAUUUUAGUGAGUCCACAUCGGUAAAUGAUUUUAAAGUAUUGUACUAAUUUUCUAAGACACCUAUAGUUAACACUAUGCUUUCUCUUUAAUUUAACCCCUUACAGUUACUACCGCUCCUGCUCUUACCAUCAACACCCUCCCGGAGGACCACGUGUUACCUAUAGGGUCCAACGUAACAGUAACUUGUACCAGCAAUACUUCGAGAGGGGGUUUUGGCGACUCAAAAUACCACAUGCCAUAUUUGAUCCAAAUCCAUUUCGUCAAUAAAAGUUCGGAUAUUAGGAUAAAAAACUGCGGUGGUCGAAGAAGCGACAGGGAGAAAAGCAAAGUUUGCAGCUAUGUCAUUCACAAUUCAUCAAGGAGCGACUCUGGUAAUUACUCCUGUUGGACUAAAAAUUCUUGGACUUGCACAAUGGGGUCUAUUCAGCUAUAUUUCAAAGGUAAUAUUGACAUUUAGAGUGCAUGUUGAAUUUUUUGCUCUAUGUACUACCACAAUAAGUUUACGUGAUUUCUACGAAAAAACUAAAAGAAAAAAUUAAUUGUGCGAAGGUUUGCAAGUUGAAACUAAUUUACUGUAAAGGCUGAUCAGUCGAUGUGAUCCAACGUCACAAACUGACUCAAUUGCCAUUAAUUCCAUUCAAGGCAGGAGUUCACCGUUUAUAUUAUCCUUUUUUUCGGCUGAUAUCAAAUUUAAAUUUUUGUUCUAAAAUUUCUCCCUUUUUAUUGUUUGUUAUUUUCCAUUUUUUUUAAAUUUUAUUUUUACAGAAAAAAUUCCUCCAGUUUUCACUGUGAACCCUCCAGUACAAAUGUUAAUUUCUUCUGGUGGAAAAGCCAGCAUGACUUGUAAGGCAUCAGGUUUCCCAAUCCCUCUAAUUACAUGGUUCAAGGAUUGGAUUCCUGUACCAAGGGCAAACACCACUGGAGAAAAGGGACUCUCGAUCUUAACUCUUGAAUUCGUCAAAGCAGUUAACCAAGGAAAAUACUGGUGCGAAGCAAACAACUCGGUUGGCUGGCAAAGAUCACUCAUUACAAAACUGAUGUUGAGCCAAGGUAUUAGUUGUCCUUCUUUUCAUCGCUGCAAGUCAAGGAAGUGAAUCCGCAGUUCGAAAAACCAGAAUUUUAUAUGGCAAAGAGCUGCAAAAGUGUACAUUUGCCAUGGGUAGUUUUUUUGUUUGCAUGUUUUUUUAAUCAUAUAAUACGUAAUUUCUACAAUAUCUCAAGUCUAGGAGGUCGUCCACGAUGGUGAUAGAAUGCCUCAUACAGCCCACAAGGCAUGCAACUCCUUACCAGUGGUAAGGAGUUCCCUUGGUUACUGUAAUCGACCAUUCCAAAACGUCAUAAAUAUUGGUCAUCGUAAGACAGAAGACGUAUUAAAGGUCUUAUGUUUUUUAGUUCCUAAAGUACUCACAAUUAGCUCAUCUUAAUAGUGGUUUAUUAUUACACAGUCUUUCGAAGACAAUAUUUCUUUCCUGUUUUUUCUCUUUAGUUUUAUCUCAGUAACUCUAGAAAUGGAACGAGGAAUUAGUAGAGGGCUAUGAACGUUGGUUGACAUUUAUUGUUCAGAGAAAUCAGACGUGCCACCCAGUAAGACUAAGGGAUAACUCAUGAAGCGCUAGGUGGAACGUACUCCAGUGCUCCAUCCAGUGCUGAAUCCAGAAAUCCAUGCCUGCUCUCCGCUCGCCUCUUAGGCCCGGUUUAGACGCUGAACUUUUCAUGAGCCGAACCUGAUACAUUGAAUUAAGUACUUGUACAUGAAAAGUUCGGCGUCUGAAUCAAUUAGGCCAGGAACGCUUGAGUCAAUUUGGAACGGCUCAGUCGUUCUUUCGCCUAGCCCGGCCAGGAAUUUCGCCUUUGGGGCGACUUUGAAACAGCUUUGAUUCAGACGCAGAACUUAACUUUUCAUGUACCGAACCUAACGCAUAAAUUAUUAUAACGUUUUUUUUUUUAAGCAGUUUGACCGAAUUGAGCAUUUUCACCUUUUGAAUUUAGUUCAGCUGCAAUUAAGAUCGGCGUCUGAAUCAAUUCAGCCGUCUAAAUAACUUGGGUCGGCCUUAAUUCGAAUUAGGUUCGGCUCACAAAAAGUUCGGCGUCUGACCCGGCCUUAGCGGUAAAAUGCGUUCGUAAAGUUGAUUUUCCUUCGUUAUUUUAUUUUCGUCCCUUAUUUUUUCUGCAGUGCCUACAAUUUCAAUUCAUCCGAAAAACGUGUUCGUGUCAUUCAAAGAAAACAUUACUUUAGUUUCCUUGGCGUGUAAGGCCACUGGUUCACCACCACCUGUGGUAACCUGGUUAAAGAAUAACUCUACGUGGGCCAAUGCGACGGUCAUUGAAACUGAUGGAAUUUCCUGGCUCAUUCUUGUUUUGGUAAAAAAUGUCGAAAACGGCUCGAACAAAUACAACUGCGUCGCAAGGAAUAUAGUGGGGAAAGUUUACUCUAAUGAAGCGACUGUGAUCAACACACAAACAUCAUUUCCAGGUAAGGUGGUAAGGUUAGCUUUACUAACAGCCACCACGGGUAUUGUUGUUUUAGGAAAAUACAGCUAACGACUCAAGCUCUACUGUUUAUUGAGUUGAGUAGUACACCCAAUAUACUCAAAUCAGGGCAUGAAUAGCUCUUUCAGCAGAACAGUAACAAGUUGUGGCUGGGAAGGCACCUGUGGAAAAUAAAGUCGAAGCUCUCGUAAGCGCACCACCGAAAACGGGGCCUUAAUUGUACUUAGAGCUGGUCGCCUACGAGAAUGAGCUCUUGUAAGCUGUCGUAAUCGUUCUCGGCUGAUAACACCCUCCUCGUUCUCUAUAAUUCUUCAUAUGAUACUCAGCCUUAUCCAAUAAUAUUGUAAAGUGUUAUUAUCAUUAUAAUCAUCAUCAUCAUUGUAUGUAUGUAGGCCGGAGAUCUGGUGGUUUCCAAAACUGGGAAAUAUAGGGUGCCUCCACAUAUAGCUCCUGAAGAACAUGUCAUAUUGUCAGGGUAGAUCGUCAUAUCACUCGAGGCGACUAUGGCGGUACUCCCUAUAAUGGCCUAUACGGGGAUGCUCCGCCCGAAAACUUCAGGUAUACGAAAGGGUCGAGAAAUUUGUCAUUUGUCUUUAAAAGGGCCCAAAGGGCUAACAGAUUAAUUUCAUGGCUUUAUAUUUUUGAGAUUGAUUCCUAUUUAAAAGACAGUGCAUUUACAGCAGUUAAAAAGGAUGCAAUUCUAAACAAGGUAUGUGAAAGGGGUACCAUUUGUCGAUAGUAGGUGUACGAAAGGGGUACCUAUUUCGUGAAAAAUGCCGUCAAAAAGGGUAAGGGUUUGUACCUAGGGGCGGAGCCUCCCGUAUAAAAAUUUGUUAAAAUCCCCCACCACCCUCUCCGAGGGGAUGCGACAAAUAGAAUUGAAACAAUUUUUCCUCCAGAAGCUGAAAGCAAUGUCAUCUCUUUCUACCGUCACCCUGCAAGUCUCGCUGCAUCUCCUGGUGAUCACGUGAUAUUUACAUGUGCUGUCGAAGGAUCUCCAGCACCUUCCAUUAUUUGGCUGAAGGAUGGUUUAAAAGUCGUUGAUGAUAAGGCCAAGAACUAUCAGGGAAGGGAAAGCACAAUCUCAGAAUUGCACAUUCUUGACGUUCAAGAACAUCAUGCUGGUAACUACGCCUGCAAGGCAGCAAACGCCAUGGAGAGUGGUGUCUCCAGGAAUGCAUUGCUUUCCUUAACAGGAAAACCCGACUCUGCGAAAAGCAAGUUAUAUUAACUUUUUUUUUAUUGUAAGGUUUCUUGAUUUUGUGUAAUCUAGUUGACAAGAGGGCAUAUGGAAGAAUACAAGAUGGUUUGUCCUGGUAGAGCGUCAGUUUUGCUAUUAAAGUGAUUACGAAGACUCCGGGGGAGAAUGGAAAUACUAAUUAAUUCUAUUUUUUAUCACUGUCAGUAUAGUAUUGACUCUCUGAACUGACUUGUAUUAGGUGACUGUGAGAGGCUUAUUGCUCGAGCACUUUAAUCUUAAUAUUAUAGAGAACUAGGGUUCUAUUAUAGAUGCAUGAAUGCGGUCACCGAGGGAGAAUAAAAGCACGGCUGGGGUGUUAUGUCCCCCACUUUCCAAGUCGCGUCAUCAUUGGCGCGCUUCUCUGUCUAUGAUUUAGACUGCACAUGGGAAGUAAUUAAUGGGAGAGGACUAGAGGUGAGAUAUCAGCAGUAAAGAGGUAUCAUGUCCACGUACUUCCAUGUCAUUUAACUUUCGUUUUCAUUUCUAUUUACUUCAGGAGACACCUCACCCUCACCAAGAGUUUCUUUGCUUCUCUGGAUCUUAGUCGCCGCUGCUGCAGCAUUGAUUCUUGUGGUGGGAGGUUUGAUAUUUGUUAUCCACGCGAAGCACAAAAAGGCCGGAUUUAACGUCAGAAAAGAAGUAAGUAUGAAACAACGACAACGAUGUAUACAGUUCAUUUUUUUAAGCAGCAUUCACACCCGCGAGUUUUUUCAAGUUUUUGCUUUGACAUAAACAUUGGUCUCCCCCACAAGGUGGAAGAGUAAAAGUUAAAAAAUGCAUAGUAUUUAGGUAAUGUGGCCCCCAGUCUAAGAAAAUUAGUCAGUCCCAGCUUUCUUUUUUCUUUCGAUUCCUUCCCUUUCCUCGACCGUGUGUAUGUAUGUAGCGAAUUGUGUUUCGUUCGCUUUUUUUACUGACAUAACUGUGAAUUCUCGCCUAAAUUUCAUUGUCUCAUCUUGGCCCGUACCCUUAUUAUCAUCAGUCAAGCACUUACGGUCAAACAACAGAAUUAGAACUGGUGUUUCACAACACCCUGUCCUAAUAAUCCAAUCAGAAUUUGUCCAGUCCUCACAUCUAAACCAUUGUUGUUUACAAUGUCAAGAAGGCUUACGCAUUAGCCAAGGGAGUCAUUCUUAAAAAUAAACAACUUACAAACAGAUCUGGAGGCGUUAGACAUCGUUCAGUGGAACAAUUUUUAGAUUCGAUUUUGGUUUUUCGGAAUAUUAAUAGGGGCUAAAAGGAACACUUAAAAAGAUUUUAGAUAUUUCGAAUAUCACAGAGUCAAAUCUCAUAUUUUUUUACUGCAUGGAACACAGUUUGACACAACGUUUGAAAAUCAUCCAUUGUGCGCCGUUCGACUUACAGACUAGCUAUAGUUUCACCUUGUUAAUAGUGCAUAACUUACUUUAAUCUAAAUGCAUGCUUAUCGAAACUAAAAAACUGUUGCCACGUGCGAGCCAGUGAGAAGACAAAUAGUGAAACAAUACACAAAUACAAUUAGGUAUCAUAAUUUUAAAUAACCGGUUCUUAGACCACUUCUUUCCUUUAGUCUUGUCGUCUACCUCUCAAGCAGGCUUACCCGGAUAAUUCAGUUUAAUUUGUGCAUGAAAGGUGUGUACUAAAGCCGAAUUUUUUUCCGUUCUUUCAUUCAAGGAAGGUCAGAAAGAACAGCGAUAUUCAAACCUUUACAUCAAUAACUAGCAGCUUAGCAACACGGCAGAAGAAUGGAGAAUACUCCGGACAGAGCCUCGAUGUACUCUCUUCCCGUAAUUUAUAUAAAGUCAGCCAUUAAACUGGGAGAAUUAACCUUAAACACGAAAUUUAAUGUGGAACAUCAUGAAAAGCAUAGAUUGAGUUAGUCCGGUAGUGAGAAGCUUAAAAGGAAAGCAGCGCCUGCAUGAUGACAGCAGUGCUGAAGGAAUGCUGAAGAACUGGAAGGCAUGCUUGAAGAACGUUUUUGAGCUACGACGUCCCGGAAGUGGCCUUUUUCAGGCGGUGGUUUAAGUCAAAUCGCCUCUUAAUAGUAAAGUACGAAGAAUCAAAUUUUAAAUUAAGGCAUGUUAAGAGGAAAAACAAUCUUCAAAAAGCCUGAGUACUUAAGUCAAAUCUAACAAUCUUAAAUACGAUUUUAUAAAUACGAUUUUAUUCAUUUUUUUUUUUGUUCCACUUGCUUUUGCCCUUGCUUAUAAUAAAGAAGUCACCAAUAAAAAAAGCAGUCAUGAAUAAGUCAAAUAUUCAUGACGAAAAAUCACGAAGUUGAGUCAGGGAUGGUUUUUGUUUUGUUGCUAAGAACUGAUAUUUUCCAGUGUGUAUAGUGCAUUAAACAGACUCUUGGGCUCGGAGAGCCAGAAGACCUAUAUCAGACCCAAAUCAGACUCUUGGCGGAAAAGCUUACUUAAAGCUCUAGCUGACGUGCGCCCCUUUCACAGCCGGGCUUAAUAUUCCGUCUGUAGAUAAUAUAUUUCUUUAUUGCUUUAUGGCUAUGAUGAUCAUUCCUCAUCCGUUUGAAUGAAAAUAAAAUAAAAUAAAGUAAAGUAAAAAACAAACAAAGCACUAAUGGCCAGUUAUUAAAAACGACUUUGGCUGCAUAAAUCAAACGGCAAUCUCAGUCAUUUCCUGAUUUGGUAAACCCCAAUAUCGAAAAUCUGACUACUGUUAGCGGUGCCAAGUCAUAUAGGACAGUCAGAAGAUAAACAUUUAUUUUAUUUACUUCAUAUAAUCACUUUAGAAACAGGUUUCAUGGCCACAGCACUGUUAUGUAAUCCCUGGUCCUUGAUUGACUGAAUUCUCAUUCAGGUAAAAAUUUUCUUUUUAUUGCCACGUACAACAAUGACAUACUCAGGGGCACCCAACGGCAAUUUUCGGGAAAAUAUCUGUUCGGAAGACGAUUUGAGAACUAGAAUUUUCGGAACAUUUGUUGUAAAAUUUCUUGCUUGCCUACCCCUCCUAGGAUUUUCGAACAUGUACAAAAUGGUAUAAUUACCCAUUUUAAACGGAUAUUUACCCUAAAAAAGGCCACCUAGAAUUUUCGGGAGCCUUUUCCUGGCUGAAAUUUUCGUAAAGGUAAGUUUUGAUCCCUAUAGUUUUCGGAUCACUAGACUUUCAGCUAGGAAAUCCGAACAGAUGAAAAGUUUUUAGGGGAUAAAAAUAUGCCUAUAUCUACCGUUUAAAUACUAAAAUACGUUCAACAAUGCUAUGUUAAGUGGUUUUGAACUAUAUCCUCGUUGGGUGCCCCUGUAUACUUUUUGUUUCCAAAAAGAGUCAUUAUGGCUCUUGUUAAGAAUAAAUUGUUCCCGGUUGACCAAUUUUUGAACACGAGAAUCAGCGUCUUGUACGUACGGAUUUCUAAAUUGAUCACUGAUAUGGCUAUUCUGUCGAAAAUCAAUGGAACAGGAUUUAACUUACCAAAUAUGGAUCAGGGAUAAAGGAUGUUUUCAAGGAAUUGAAACCGGAUCUAUUUUAAAAAUGAGCCGUAACAUAGCUAAGUAAACAGGAACACUUUGCGGUCCAAUUGGCAAGUAAAAAACAUGACGCACGGUGCGAAGUUCAAAAAGCUUUCCGUUAAGUUUCUGAAUAGAAUAUGCGUAUGGGGGCGAGAGAGCACGAAUCGGUGGCGCUAAAUUGCGCCCCGAGCAACAGAAGGCUUCACUGCUUUUUCUUCUUCUUUUUCUUUUUCUUGUUUUUUUUUCCGCGACUUUCUUCUGUAUAGUGUUAUGACCAAAUGAAGGCAACCAAUAAAUUUCCUCCGGUGGCGGGUGAAUUAAUUUUUAAUUCUGCACCUAAGUACGAACAGCAGGUGCUCAUUUUCCGUCAGAAAAGACUGCUGAAAAGAGGUCAUCCAUUUUUCCUUCGAGAUUGUUUCAAAAAUAAGGAGUUUUUAUAAGCUUAUAAAUGUUAAAACUUUAAUUCCUGGGUGACAUAAAAGUCGAGGAGAAUCGGUAAAUACAAAUAUAUGAGAUAGUUGUAAUGGUCAAAAUUUACAUCCGUUUUCUAGUCCCGAAGAAUUUGGUGGAUCAACCAUUGUUCUUAAUUUUAUGUCGCUGGCAUCAUCAAAUAGGAACGAGAGGCAUUUCAAGGACUUAAAGCAAGGCAUAUAAAAUGAAUAAAACAUAAUCUUAGCUAAAUAUUGUGCCAGUAAAGUGGUCGAGUAGGGACGCUCGCAUUCGUGUGACAGGGUUACUCGGAUGCGAUUACAGAAGAAAGAAUAUGUCACGGCAUAAAUAUACGAUGAAAGUGACCUUCCGUAUAUUCAAACAGCAAAACGACCGGAAAUAAUUAGAGUCUAAAGGAAGAAACAUGUUGAAGGUAGGUUGGUAUCAAUGUCUUCGAUCAAACCAUUUGUCUCACUGUAGAAUUUUGCAUUUCACUAAACUAAAUAUUCCCUUUGCGCUAUUUAAGUCUAAGAAAUUUUCCUUGACAAUCAUAAUCGUACGUUCAUUGAUGAUUCAAGCAGUCAAGGAACUGAGGGUCGAAACAUUUAACAGUAAUUCUUAUGACAUAUGAAAUUCUGCAAACAGAAUAACGCAAUGUUGAUCGUAUAACGUGAAAAUUAACUUUGCAAGACAUCAACACGACACCGAAGAAACUCAAAACAGAGCGGGAUUGUAGCCAUGGACGGCUGUUUCACUGGUAAUUCUUAAUCUAUGGUCGGCUUUCUCGAUUCAAAACGAGGCUUUACUGUGACCCUUUUUCGGGUGAGACGUUUUUAAGUUAUUUGAUUCUUCACUUAUCAUAGAUAAUAACGACACUGUGUUCCGUAUUAAAAGUGCAAAGUCAAGUUAGCAUCAUUAUACAAAGUAGGAAGCUAGAAUAUUAGUCGGUAAUGGAUCUGAAAUUAAAUGGAAAAUCCUUCCUCACUUUACGUAUAUUAGCUGUCUCAGUAUAUACGGUGGGCGUCGAUUCUACGAGUUUCCCGGCCGAAAACGACGAUCCACGUAUGCUAUUCACGCUAAGUACCGUGAUUGCUUGAUUUCAAAAUUUGUUUGUUAAUAAUCGCGCACACGGAACUUUCUUGACCGCGCUUGAUUAAGCUGGUACGUGACGUCACGGGGGCCAUGUUGGUUGUGUUUUAGGGUUAAGAACAAAAGCAUUUCUCUCCUCUGAGAACUAAACCCUCUUUUCAUGUAAAUUCUUGGAAAAAAAAUUCAAUUGUAUUGACCACCAACACAACACCAACAUGGCCGCCUUGUCACGUGGUUGCAAGCCAAGAAUGAAACAUAUGAAUAUUCACGUGUGUUUUAACAUGAGCUUGCAUAAUUUUAAAAGCAUACUAUAAAAUCGCUCGUCUCAAAGGCUCUGAAAACUGCCUGAGAGUUUGAGAGUUCUUACAGUAUUAGUGGGCUCCUCGAAUUUGAACACAAGACUCGCCAACCAGUCACUGCAAAUCAGGGAUCUCAUUCUUUCUAAGCCGGGGGGGAGAGAGAGGGAGAGGGUGGAGAUGAUGGCUAUAAGUAAGUGCCGUGUCAGAUGAAAAAGUAAUUUUUAAAUUUUAUUCUUACUAAUUAUCCUUCGAUAGGGCUAUUCCGGUCCUUUGACCUUGCCAUUUUUAAACUUAAUUUUUUUGUUUUUUUGGCAACGUAUAUUCAUAUUAGCCUAAAAGUAUGCAAAACUGAACAACCCACUUAAUUAUAAACAAAACUGAUCAACGUACGACCAGUCCAUACAACUCUGCAUCGUCGGUUUUCCGUUGAAUAAGACGUUACUUUUUGGGUUUCGGGUUCAUUCUUUAAUUCUAUUUUUAUCUUAAAACUAGUGGGAGUCUCUCUCGCGGUGGUAGCUCACUAGAAUUACGUCAUGCUAAUUCCGCUCAUUUUAUCCCGCAGCGUUACGUCUAACCCAACCAGUGGUCUGCGCCUUAUGUCAGCACCACGUAAUCCGUGAUCACUGAUCAUGAAUUUGGUGAACGAGCAAGAGAUAAUCAUGGUGAGUUCUCGACUCAUGAUCGUUUUUUUUUUAUUAUUAUUUAUUUUUAUAUUUUUGCAGUUCAAAUUCAGGCAUGAUAAGACCACUAAUGGCGUCACAUGAGAAACAGAUCUGGAGACAUUUCUCGUGGAAGUAUGAUUAAUAGCUGCAGUUCAUUGAAUUGCAAAAUGGCCAGUCAGUCCCCUAAAGAGUUUUUCUUAACCUAAAUUCAUUAUAAUUCUUAAUCCAUCUUCGCAGUUAAUAAGCGAACAUCUAUGUUUCCUUUCUUACUUCUUGAUAGCCUACGUAAAACAAUUCAAAUGAUUCUCUUCGGAAUGUUCGCUUUACUACUCAGAGUUGCUUAAUUCAAUUAGUAGAGCAAGAAAAAGCUUUAGGCUAUGUUCACAUUAUGCCGAAUAGCUUUUGCUGCAUAGAGCUUCUGGAUUUCUGUGACGUAGCGAAGCUGCGUCACGCCGAUCUCCAGAGUAAGAGUCAUGUAUCGGUUAACCCUUUAAACCCUAAGAUCAAAAUUUGAAUUCUCAUUUGUUGCCCCUAUUCAUUUCCUACAGAGGUAGUGGGGAGAAGUUAAUAAAAUAUCAAGCAAAUUCAUCUUGUGUGAUCAUGUCCCUAAUUCUCAUGAUCACUCUGUUUUACAAAGCAUUGAUAUCACAAGGAGAAUUUUGAUGCUGAUCACUCUCAGGGCUUAAAGGGUUAAGUGUUUCGUGAUACUAUACCGGAUAGCUUUUCGAAUUGGCACGACAAGUUCCCGGGGGGGUUCUUGGGUUAAUUUUGGCUGGGUAUGUGCCGCUGGCCUCUCAGAGCACCUACCCCAUUAUAGCCCAUUCUGUGGCCAAUUAUAGACCCCAUCUUAGUGACUUUUGGGCAAAUAUUUAAUUUUCGCUAUCCCAACUUAGUCACUUUCUAUUUUUUUAUGAAUUGACCAGUUUUUGAGAUUGAAUGAAGCGUACUUUACUUUUUAUGUACAGUACAAACAUGGUACGUUUGCUAACCGUAAUUAUAAAGAACUGUAGUCAAUCCGGUCGUGAAAAUGUGAGUUCAUCCAGCAACGCAUCCCCAUUAGCCUCUUUUAAGAAAUUACCCCCCCGGGGAAAGUUAUCCGGUAUAGCGUGAACGUAACCUUGGUUACCCUCCAAUAACUCUUCAAGCAAGUUGACCCCUUUUUUUUAUUUUCAAAUUCAAGAGAAUAAGGGAUGUUAAGGUAUACAAGCGUCGUUAUGACAAAAGGAAUCCAUUAGUCAGAUAAGACCUUGUCGUCUUAUUAAUGUAACAACCCGCAUUGACAGGUGGCCUGAGAGCGCUCCAGCUGCUCACGUUCUUGACACUACUGUUAUUUAUAGCCAUUAUUGGUCACAAUAGGUAUUAUAAUUAUAAUUUCCGUCGUACCCGUACGAUCGAGAAAAGACUGUUAAAAAGCGCGCACUUAGCCUAAAAUACUGAAGCUCAUGCAUGUUCGUAUUGGAAGAGUUAACCGGCUUUGAGCGGGAUGCCAACCUAAGCUGACUACUUGUGUUUGUGUACCUAAGGGUAUCAGUCAGUUCUUAUGUUUAAAAAGCUGUUUUUUUGUGUUGAUUUUAGGUUUUUAUUUUUCUUCGUAACGUAAUUAGCCUCUAAUACCAUUAACUCUGACGCAGCAGUAUUUAGUUAAUGACAAUCAUAGCUAUCAAUAGUUACCAAGAAAACGACAUUAAUUCCUAUUAUGUUCUCUUGCAGUUACGUGCACAAAAAAAUUCGAAAAUGGAAAGAGAUUGCGGAAUACCCCUCAGUAUUCAGAAUGAGCGAUUCAACCGAUUUCUUUGAUUUUUGGCAUCCUUAAUAAAUACGUUGAUAGAACUUUAUUUCCUAUCUGAAAGGGUAUUCCUACCUCAAGCUUAAGAAACCUACGGCGAAUAAAGUUAGCACUGCGAGAAGAACAACUUUGUGCUGAGUGCGCGGUGAUAUUAAAGAACUUCUAUCCAUCAAACUUACUUUCUAUUUGUCCCUCUCUUUUCGAAAUAAAUCUUAACAAAACAAAAUAUACAGAAUAUAGCAUCUACGAAAAACUCUCAAGAGUUUUAAGCGUCGUAGGAGAUAGUAUGUUGGCACUCUUCCUCUAUUUUUGCGUCAACUUUUACAAAUGUGUUAGCGUAGCAUUUUAAGGUUAUGAUUUGACCAGCAUUUUGUGCAGCGAGUUCUACGGUCACGAUUGCCUUCAAACUUGCAGAUUUAAAACUAGUAAGAGAGCUUUGAGGCUUAUUUUUCUGAAGUUAGGGAAAAAUCUGUCGUGGGAUUUCGAACUUAUUUACAUUUUUCGUAAAAAUGAG